CUACCGAUCUCUCCCGAAUCAUGGCCGCGCACGGGCCAACGAAGCUAACCGCCAAUGGAUCUUGGAAACAACGCUGAGCCGGGGCAUUUUUGAAAACCUCUCAGCGACGGACCUCCACCUAGCCUCUGAGCAGCAGCAGCCGCAGUUGACUGCCCACUGUGCCCUUAACUCCAGCCGUGUUCAAUUGCAACACCGCGCACCACAUCAAGAUGUUCUCCAGGGCUUCGAGCGCUCGCAAGGCCGUCGCUGCCGUCUCCAGGCUCGCGACUCGCAAUGCCGUCCCAAUGAGGACCUUCAUGGCCCCGACCGUCUCGCGGAGAGCCGACUUCGUGCAGGAGCUCUACCUCAAGGAGCUUAAGGCGUACAAGCCGACCCCCAUCAAGGAAUCGGACGCGGCCGGGCAAGUGGCGACGUUCAGCCUUCCCAAGGCGCCCAAGUCGCCCGAGGAGGCCGACCUGGCGUCGAGCCUGAAGGAGUACGAGACCAUGGCGGUCGAGGUGGAGGGGCAGGAGAUCACCGCCGCCGGCCAACCGGCCACUCCCGCCGUCGACGACUGGCUCGUUCUGGAGGAGGAAGAGCAGGCGGCUCAUCACUAGAUGAUAAUUCUGGCAUCUGGAGGGAUACUGGGCCUAGAAAAGACGGGAAAGGGGAGUGAAAGGGGUACAGGACGCGGGGGCGUGCAGGGAACUUGGUUCUCUUGUUGCCCUGCUCUAACUGGAGAAUCAAAACCAGGGUUCGCUGCAGGAGGAGAGAAGGAGACCCAAAGGGGGGGAUUUUUCCCUUUACCAUGCGGUUGAGGAGUGAGUAAGGUCGGUUAACGAGGCCGGCCUUCAUGGGGGUUGUCCUGGGGCGGGGAAUAAUCCGUGUACAUUGUUUCUUUAGCCUUGUUACAAUAUCACGCCCAUCACAGUGAUACACCUCCAUUCCAAGUCUCAG